AGCAGGAGCCCUGGGCGCAGCUCUUGGGGUUCCCAGGCAGGUGUUUCUGGGGGAGCUCUCGCUGAGGGGCCGUUCCCUCCCGGCCGGGGGAGCGGGCAGAGCUGCCGCAGGAGUUGAAGCUGCUGUUGUGACCUCCCCGGGCACUUGGCCGCUGGACAGUGAGGGGGAGAGUGUGGUGGGGCUGGCCGCCCGCCUGGCACUCAGCGGGGCCCUCUGCUGAGGUCUCGGGACAGGACCCUGGGCAGCGGCAGCUGCCGCCCCAUCCCGCUGGUGAGAAAAGAGGCUCCCGCUGCCGGGCGUCCGGCAGGGCCGGGAUUUGAGGGGGGCACUGGUCACUCCGAGUGCCCUGUGCUGCGUGUGGGACUGUGGGGUGCUUGCCACACACCCCCAGGGGCCGUGCGGAGACCCCAGUGCUGCUGGCCGAUCCUGGUGUGUCCUGGUGACCCAGGUGGCGGAGGGGACGUGCAGGGGGCCAAGCCUGCCCUUGUGGGUGCCCGAGAGUGACCUCUUGUGUUGCUGAUUCCGACAUCUGCAGGCCACUCGGUGAGGCCGUGAUGGGAGUGGAGCUGAGAGAGGGACGAGGCGGGGCUGUGCUGGCGGGUCAGCAGCUGACCAUCUGGCAGUGGAGUGGGCAGCGGGUGGCGCUCCGUGGGCCUGCGCACAGGGGAUGGCAGAGCAGGCCCCGUGGGAGCUCGCUGGCACACACCAGCGAGGCCUCCGUGGGCACCCACGUGUCUGCUAUGAAUAGAUGCGCUUCUGUCCUCAGAAAUCCACGCAGCACCCACGCCACCUUGCCGCAGAGGCCCUGCGCGCUCCGUGGUUUCGCAGGGAGGGAGCUGGCCCUGUGGGCACAGGGUGGAGGCGGCAGCCCACCACGGCCUGGGUGCUGGCUCCAGGGGGUUCUGGGAGCCGCAGGCCGCCCUGCUCCUGCAGAAGCCGCUUCCCUGAGAAGUCUUAAAAGUGAGGUGCAGGGUAAGGGAGCCCCACCGUCCCGCAUGCCUUUUUUUAUUUUAUUUUAUUUUUUUUUUUGUCUUGAAAGGCAGAGAGAGAGACAGGGAGAGGUCUUCCAUCCCUUGGUUCACUCCCCAAAUGGCCAUAAUGACCAGGGCCGGGCCAGACUGAAGCCAGGAGCCAGGAGCUUCACCCGUUUGCCACACGGGUGCAGGAACUCAAGUGCUGGGGCCGCCUUCGCUGCCUCCGUGACGUAGCCGGCACCCCAGGCACCGCCGCGGGGUGGGCCCUGUCUCCAUGGUAACACUAAGGCGCUGUUGCCCUUUUCCGGCUUCUCUCCCGUGUGAAUGACUCGGUGAACCGUGGCUGCCCGAGUGAUGGAUGGAUUCAGACAGGGCGAGGGGGCCUGGGAGGGCCUGACCCCUUCCUGUUUGCUGACCAGGCAGGUGCACAGCUGCCCCCAGAGGUGUGGCAAGCCUUUGGCACCCGGCACUGCGCCCGGACCAGAGCUGGGGGUCGGAGUGCUGGCUCCUCCACUCCAGCCCAGCUCCCUGCUGCGGGAGGCUCCAGUGCGUGGGCCCCUGCCCCCACACGGGAGACGCAGAGUCCUGGGUUCGUGCCCGCGGCCUGGCCCAGCCCUGACGUUGGGGGCGAAGCAGCAGAUGGCAGCUCUUUUUUGUCCCUCUUCCUUCAAAAUGAAAAAGGAAAAGAGACGUGUGUUUGUGCAAAAACUUGAAAUCCACGUGCAGUUUUUCGUAAUGUGCAUUUUUCAGAAACUUUUUGAAGAUCCUACGUGUGCAUGGAUUUCAGAAUUUUCUGAAAUAAAUAUCUUUUCAUUUUCACAGACUUUGAAGUUCCAUAUGUGAGAAUGCAGCCACUAUCCCAACUAAAAUCGGUUGGCGACUUGGCCUGUGGAACCAGCUCUGGUUUGCACAGCUCCUGAGUGUACCCGUGGUGGUUACGCUUCCUCUCUGGUCGGCACCAUGUCGGUCAGCGUCCAUGAGACCCGGAAGUCGCGGGGCAGCACAGGCUCCAUGAACAUCACGCUCUUCCACAAGGCCUCGCACCCCGACUGCGUGCUGGCCCACCUCAACACGCUGCGCCAGCACCGCGUGCUCACGGACGUCACGCUCUGGGCCGGCGGCCGCGCCUUCCCCUGCCACCGCGCCGUGCUGGCCGCCUCCAGCCGCUACUUUGAGGCCAUGUUCAGCCACGGGCUGCGGGAGAGCCGGGACGACACGGUGGACUUCCAGGACAACCUGCACCCCGAGGUGCUGGCGCUGCUGCUGGACUUCGCCUACUCGUCGCGCAUCGUCAUCAACGAGGAGAACGCCGAGUCGCUGCUGGAGGCGGGCGACAUGCUGCAGUUCCCCGACGUGCGCGACGCCGCGGCCGAGUUCCUGGAGAAGAACCUGCUGCCCUCCAACUGCCUGGGCACGCUGCUGCUGGCCGACGCGCACCAGUGCCGCCGGCUGCACGAGUUCUCCUGGCGCAUGUGCCUGCUGCACUUCGAGACCGUGUGCCGGGGUGACGACUUCCACGGGCUGUCCAAGGACGCGCUGCUCGGCCUCAUCUCCAGCGACGAGCUGGAGGCCCAGGACGAGCGGGCCGUGCUCGAGGCCGUGCUGCAGUGGGUGAAGCACGACCUGGAGCGGCGCCGGGCGCACCUGCCCGAGCUGCUGCACGCCGUGCGGCUGGCCCUGCUGCCCUCCGACUGCCUGCGGGAGGCGGCGGCGGCCGAGGCCCUGCUCAUGGCGGAUGAGCGCACCCGGCUCCUGGUGGACGAGGCCCUGCGCUGCAAGACCAGGAUCCUGCAGAACGAUGGCGUGGUCACCAGCCCGUGCGCCCGGCCACGCAAGGCUGGCCACACGCUGCUCAUCCUGGGCGGGCAGACCUUCAUGUGCGACAAGAUCUACCAGGUGGACCACAAGGCCAAGGAGAUCAUCCCCAAGGCCAACCUGCCCAGCCCCCGCAAGGAGUUCAGUGCCUCGGCCAUCGGCUGCAAGGUCUACGUGACGGGGGGCCGGGGCUCCGAGAACGGGGUCUCCAAGGACGUGUGGGUGUACGACACUGUGCACGAGGAGUGGUCCAAGGCGGCGCCCAUGCUGAUCGCACGCUUCGGCCACGGCUCGGCCGAGCUGGAGCACUGCCUGUACGUGGUGGGCGGCCACACGGCCCUGGCGGGGGUCUUCCCUGCCUCGCCCUCCGUGUCCCUGAAGCAGGUGGAGAGAUAUGACCCCAGCGCCAACAAGUGGGUGAUGGUGGCCCCGCUGCGGGACGGCGUCAGCAACGCCGCCGUGGUGAGCGCCAGGCUCAGGCUCUUCGUGUUCGGGGGCACCAGCAUCUACCGCGACAUGGUGUCCAAGGUCCAGUGCUACGACCCCGCGGAGAACCGCUGGAGCAUCAAGGCCGAGUGCCCCCAGCCGUGGCGCUACACGGCCGCCGCCGUCCUGGGCAGUCAGAUCUUCAUCAUGGGCGGUGACACGGAGUUCACGGCCGCCUCUGCCUACCGCUUCGACUGCGAGAGCAACCAGUGGACGCGUGUCGGGGACAUGACCGCCAAGCGCAUGUCCUGCCACGCCCUGGCCUCGGGCAACAAGCUGUACGUGGUGGGGGGCUACUUUGGGACGCAGCGGUGUAAGACCCUGGACUGCUACGACCCCACGUCGGACACGUGGAGCUGCGUCACCACCGUGCCCUACUCGCUCAUACCCACGGCCUUUGUCAGCACCUGGAAGCACCUGCCUGCCUGAGGCGUGCGCACGGCCCACAGCCGCCUGUGCCGGGGCCGACACCGGCUCUGCCCGUCCUGGGAGCAGCCGCCGCUCUAGAGCACCGUGUGCCGCCCGCCCGCCUGCCCGAGGGCGCGCUGCCUCCAGGGAGACUCCUGGGUGCACCGGUGGCCGUGCUGGGGCCAGGACACAGGUGCCCGCGGCGACCACCAGAAGCUCCGGUAGUAGACCUGCAGGGCCUCAAGGUCCUGUGGGAGAGUUCCUGCCCCUUCGCCCCCCCCCCCCCGCCCCAGCCUGUGCCCACCUGGCCCACUGAGGCCCUGCCCAGCCGGGCCUGCCUCACAGCGAGGACCCCUCACCGCCAUGGGCCUGCCCUCAGGUGGGACCUGCUCUCAGGACUGGGAGCCCCCAGCGAGGACGCUGCUGGCCCUGCGUGCCGACUCCGUCACAGGGGCCCCUGAACUGCCCGAUGCUGGGCCUGGGCGAGGCCCCCCAGCUCCUGCAGACGGCGCCCCUGGGCCAGCACCCGAGGCCUGGUCCUCACCCCAAGCCAGCACAGUAGAAGGGGUUCCUGGGAGGGGCCCAGACCUGCUGCGUGUGUGGCCCCUGGCACACUAGCUACUGAGUGAGCCUGCAGUGUCCCUACCCCCGCUCCAGCCCUGUGGGCACCUUUUGAGUUGAGGCCUUUGCCUUGGGUUUUCCAUUGCUGGCAAAAGAGCCCAAAGCACAGGCUGCGCCCCGGGGCACAGGACCCAGCGGUGCUGCCCCGCCUCCUGACUUAAUAAAGAGUUGAGAAGGUCUCUGCCUGCCUUGGCCCUGGGCCGCGGUUCCCAUCCCCCACUAGGGCCCAGCGCCUGCAGGCGCCAUGGGGCCCCAGGGAGGCGGUAGCUGCCUUCGCCGCCUGCUCCUGUCCCAGCGGUGAGUGCCAAGAGGCGAUGUCAUCCAUGACCGUCAGCGCUGUAGGUCCUGGGGACAUAGCUGUGGCGGCGCGGGCCACGGGCGGCUGCCUCCCAGGACAGCCGCUGUCGCCUGACAGCCCCCGCUUAUGCACACAGUGUGUGGUCUAGCCCAGGACAACCGAGGCAGGUGGCCCAGGGCCCGGUGCCGUGCAGGCCCACGCACACCCAGUCCUGGGGGAGGAGCACUUGCGUGGGGAGGAAGGCUGUGACCGCGCGUGGGAGGGGCGGGUGUGGCACGAGGCCCAGGCCUGGCCGGACGCCCCGGCCCGGCCCACACCGGUCGCUCCUGCACCAGUGGCGGAACGGGGCUGAACGCAGCGGCCUCCAGUGGGGCUGCGGAAACACGCACUUCCGACCCCGCCGGCCCAGGUGAGGAGCACCUGCCGGGGCUGCAGGUCCGCUGCCCACGUCCCUGCCUGGCCCUGCGUGCCUGCAGCUGAAAGGGAGACGAGGUGGGGCGGUGCCAGCAGGGCCGGGAUGUGCCCGGGACAGCUCCAGGGCUGGCGGGUGGCAUCAGCGGCCUCGUCGCGCGCCUCGUCUGCUUGGCUGUCCCAGGAGCCGGUGCCUGCCAAGCUGUCCGUUUGUCCCUUGAGCGGCCACCAGCCCCUGGCCUUGUCCUCGGCGACCCCUGGCGGUGGGCAUUCCUGGCCUCUUCUUGCCGGCGAGGAGGCGACACACAGGGGUCGGCAGUGGACACCAGAGCCGGGUCGCCAGGACUGGUCUGAGCACCCCGCGCUGGGUUGCACCAGAUGCUCCUCUGACACAGGCCUAACCGCGGCGAGGCUUACUCACGGCUGAACCGGGCUGCAGAGCACGCGAGCGGCCUCCUGCUGUGGUGGCCGGUGUCGGGGGAGGGGGGCAGGCCAGGGGCGGCCGGAUCCAGGAUUGGGCUCCGGAAAGGGAGAAGGCGCUCCCAUCCAUCCGUGGGGGCAAGGUGUUCCUGACGGCGUCCAGCGUCCUGUAUGAGCCGUGGGCGACGAGGCCAGGAGAGGGCGGAGGCUGCCCCCACUGGGUGGCUCCCUAGUGUCGGCCUGGGUUCGUGCGACCUUUGCCGAAAGGUCUCGUGUCUCCUGUGCAGUCCACGUUGCGCUCUGGGAAGCCCUGCCCCAGGGCCGGCGGUCACACGGCCUCGGAGGUCACGCCUCCCCGAAGCCAGAGCCAGCAGCUGCAGGCGGUGCCCCGCCUCAGACCAGCAACACUGCCUUCCUGGACUCCCACGCCACGGGGGCAGGGCGGGCUUGGUGGGGACACAGGGCGCCAGUGUCCUGCCAGUGCCCCUCCACCAGGCGUCUGGUGCGUGGUGAGGGCCCCGCACCCCACAGGGCAGUGCCUGGGUUGUGUCCUGGGCCUACUUCGGGUUCCUGCUUCCCACUCAUCACGUCCUGGGAGGCAGCAGGGCUCGAGUGCGUGGGGCCCACAGCCACGUGUGCUCCUGGCCUCGGCCUGGCCAGCCCCGGCUGUCGUGGGCAUUCGUGGAGUGAGCUGGCCGGUGGAGGCUGUCUGCGUCCUUCAGGUGACCGGUGAAUGAGUCGGUGGCUUCUCAGACGGCCGUGGCGCCUGUGCUGGGCUGGCAGGUGGCUGAGUGGCAGGGUCCUUGUGUUCUGGGAGAUGCACUCACUGGGUGCGGGGGGGGGGGCCGGGUGGGGAAGCCCUGGUGUGAACUGGGCUCCUGGCAGCUUCGCAGAGACCUCGCUGAUGCCGGGUAGAUGAUGUUUAAAUUGUACGCCGUUGGGGCCGGCGCCGUGGCUCACUUGGUUAGUCCUCCACCUGCGGCGCCAGCAUCCCAUAUGGGCGCCGGGUUCUAGUCUAGCUUGCUCCUCUUCCUCUGCUGUGGCCCGGGAGGGCAGUGGAGGAUGGCCCAAGUGCUUGGGCCCUGCACCCGCAUGGGAGACCAGGAGGAGGCACCUGGCUCCUGGCUUCGGAUCGGCGCAGCGCCAGCUGUAGUGGCCAUUUGGGGGGUGAACCAACGGAAAGAAGACCUUUCUGUCUAUAACUCUACCUGUCAAAAAAAUAAAAAGUAAAAUAAAUUGUAUGCCGUGAUAAA